AUGGCCAUCACGAGCUCAACCCCCACUAUCACCGCAACCGUCCGCGCCUCCAGCAAUCCGCUUCCAGAAUACCAACAUGACGCCACCACAGACACCGACACUACAACCACACGCUACGUCCAGUCAAAUGCGGGUGACACUUUCGAAAUUCACGCGGACAUCGCCUCCGGAACCGAAUUUAUCGGCGAUUGUCUAGCAUUCUGCAUCAGCAUAAAUGGCGUCUUAGCUGAUACAGCAAUCUCAUUCCCCAGCGGCCAGGAUCACGCCGGUAGCAUCGUGGUUAGCAAAGGGUGCUAUACGGCAGGAAACACGGUCAAAAAAUACCAAUUCACAGAGCUGGAGAAACGCGAUGGCGGAGCUGUACCGACCAAGGAAGAGGUCGAAGCUGCGUUGCAGAUCGGGACGAUUCGGAUCGACGUGCAUCAUCAGCUGAGCAAGAGCGUGGUGAAUGACCAGCUGGACCUUUCGAGCGGCCUCAAAUCGGUUGACGCAGUCGAUGAGAAAGCGUUGAAAGGACAGGCCAUCUCCAGCACUACCUCAUACACCGAGGCAGUCGCCAACGAUGGGCUCCAUGCAAGGUAUUGGGACGCGGAAUUCGUCGACCCGGACAUGAAGCCAAUGGCAGUGUUUGUGUUCAGGUACACUUCGCACGAGGACCUCCAAGCCAUGGGUAUGAUCGCUCCAGAUCCGACGCCAGAGCCGGAAGAGGAACCUGAGCCUGAGCCCGAGCCAGAUCUUGAGACUAUGACAGCUGAGGAGUUGAAAGCAGAGGUGCAAAGAAGGCGGCAAGCGGAGAGAGAUGCGACGGUCCGCAUCAAGCGCGAGCGUGAGGAUGACGACCAGCAGUCCAAGCAGGACAAAAGAUUCAGAACGACCAUCACACUCGAUGAUGACGGCGAGGAGACAGAAGUGGUUACGACUAUGCUGCCGGUGCCAGAGGUUGAGACUAUUGCUUGA